AUGCCUUCUAUCCCACGACGGAUCUCCAGCGUUUCGGGCAACGAGUCGAGCCGUCCUCGAGGGAGACGCAGGAUAUCCUCUCGCUUUGGCUUCGAAUCCAAGAUUCCCACCGUUGAUGGCGAACGGCGGAGCGAAUCGUCUCAGACAGGAAAUAACAAUAGAAGCAAGGAGACGUCGCCCUUCCCCCGUCCCGGAGAAUUGGAAUAUUACUGUGAGGACAACAAUGGCACCGGGAUGAACGCCGCGGACUCAAUUAAACCGCCCUCUCUGUUAGAGCACGAGCUGGGCCAGCGGGCGUCAUCCCCACUGCUGGGUCAGACAUACAAGCGAAACCAUGCGGGAUUAUCUCCCUUUCAUGCAAUUCCUAAACCUCUGCGCCCAUCCGAGUCUUCCUCCACGCUUCCGUCCGUCUAUGAUCCUCCCGGCUCCUUGCCGACCUCGUCACACAAAAAGUCCUCCGGUUCUUACAGCGAUUUGAGUCUAGGGAAUAAUUUCCCGUCUGUUACGCAACCGGAUCCCAAUCAGGUAACGGGCCAGGACGGGAAUUUUGUUCAUAAAGACCGCCGCAAGUCAUCAAGGCCGAAACGGAGACCACCCAUGAUUGACCUGUCAAAACUCUUUCCUAAGCCACGGGAUGCUACCGUGCCGCUUCUUUCUCCUCACCGAUUGACGGCUUCGCCAUCUCCUGUUUCUUUGCAUUCCGAUGUAUCCGCGACGAGACUAUCUAAGCUUGAUCGAAUACAUAGUGGAAAUAAACUCACCAAAGUUCCGCGGGCAAAAGACGCCGUAGAGAUGCACCUGAAGCAAAGAAAAGAAAGGCUGCUGCGGGAAGAACAGGAGCAGCGGUACAAUUGGGAAAGACAACAGUUGUUGCAGGAACAACAGCAACGGCUGCAGGCUGAGCAGGUGCCAGGGCCAACCUCCUCGCAGCGGCGGAAGUACGACGGUUGGCGAGAUCCCACCAAAUACCGGAACUACGCAGGCCCUAAUUGGUUUGACGGGCCAGCGGGACAAGUCAGCGACGAUGAGCAAGAUAGUGCAUUAGGGGAGCACGAAGCACAAGAUACUGUGCCUGCUAUGCUGGCUGCUCUUCAAAAAGCGAGUCGUCCUAGACAUAGCAGCUUUAGCUCGGGUGGCUGUUCCGUUUACCAAUCCGGACUUUCGAGAAAUUCAAGCCGGACAGUACGCGCCCCGUCGAAUGGUUCAACGAUAAAAAACUCGUCUAAUGCGCAAUGUCCAAGCUCAAGCCAACUCUACUAUUCGUCUGCAAGGGCUGAGGGGAGUUCGACUGAUCAGCAUUUCAGUCGUCAUGCCCCUUCUCCCAUCUACCGGAAACCGAACCCCGAGGUUGGUGGCGCAAUCCUGAAGAAAACGAGCAAACUGUCCUUGAACGUCACCAAUCUGAACGAGGCAAGUAUCCUGUGCUUGUCUUCGUCGGAAGAAGAUGGCGAGGAAGAGGAGGACGAGGUUGACGCUGACGCUACAUCGAACUACGUCAAUCGCACUGUACUACGGGACAGCAUUGCCUCUUUCGACGAAGGAGCCGAAAUCUGUACUGCUCAAGCCGUCGAGACGCGAAGAAGACUAUCGGUUAAAAAGCUUCCCGCGAAUCAUGCGAGCCAGCGUCGAGCUGCUCGUCCUGCCGUGCCGCCAAACCGAAACAGUUCCACUGCAUCUAGCGUCCGAUCUUAUACCCUCAGUCGUAGCAACUCGCUAAAUCGAUCGGGCCAUGUCGCAGGCGUUUCAGAGCCUCUUACUUCGCCCCCACCUCCUCCGCACACAACGCAGGCUCCGUCAAGUUCGCAAAAUAUCCUUGCGACUAAUCGAAGGAGUCGGUUCAUGGCUGUCACUCGGCAGGAGGAACAUCUACUUGAGAUCAUUCGGCGCAACAAGGGCACCAUCCCGCCCAGUUACCUUGUGGACACGGACUCUAUCAGCUCUGAACCGGAGCUGCGGGCGCAACAGGCGCGUCGACCACCAUCUACAUGCAACUACGAUGCUUCGUUUUUGAGACUAAGCCCAGGUGUCCCGCCCCGCGGGAAGAUGCGGUUUCACGCCGACACCAGCGCAUUCUCCGACGAAGCUUCGCUUGCUGUAUCUGACCUUGGCGACUCAGCAACUGAACAUUCGGGGAUGUCGACUCGGACCAGCCUGGUCCAUUCUGAUGCUUUCCCCUCACCUUCCACGGGACUAGCAUCGCCUCUAACGCCAACGUUGCCCAUCCAUCGUUUCCCUUCGAUAAAAUCCCACCGCUCGCAGUUCCGUUCGGCGGUAAGCCAGGAGAAAAAGCGACAUUCGAGGACUCGUACAGACAGCAGCAGCGCUGUUGUGUUUGACGAAGAGAAUGGUGCGAACGAUACAGAGCACAGUGAGGACUUGCCGAUCUGGGCCCUGGCUUGGGCGAACGGCGAUGCGACAAAUGUCGCUGUUGCGCAUUGA